UCGUGUUCGUAACGCAUUUGGCUGGGCCUCUCCGUAGCCCCAAGUACGGAGGAACCGUUCAUUCCGUACGUUGUCCGUAAUACACAUCGUCGCGUGAGGGUUCGUCGUUUGUGUGCCAAGUUUUUCGUCUCGUUGUACCUCUGCAAUAGUUAGAUCUCGUGUCAGCGUCUGUUCUGGAGCGAAUAUUCCGAACAAAUGUGAUUGAGUAGUAGUUGAAUCAAGCCUCUAUGCGGACAGUAGUGCCAUUGUUUCCUGGUGUGAAGUAAUUAACUGAAACUGUUUGCAAACAAACAUUGCAUGGAAUUGUGUGCGAUGUGUGGACACAUCUAGCAAAACACGAACGCUCCCUACGCCUGAUUAUUUCGGAACCACGUAUAGUGAAAAAUAUGUCGUAACUAAAAAAUAAAAAACGAACGGUCACCAAAUAGCAUUUGUGGUUACAAUGUGAUGUAGUGUCUAGUGGUUUUGAGCCGUUAACCUACGGUAGUGCUGGUGUAGCGUGUAAUGGUGCAAAAGCUAUUAGCGUGAUGGCGUAAUACUAUACAUAGAAACCGACAGUUCAGAUCUGUUACAUCGCUUUGCUUGAAUUUUUCAUUCAAUUCAUUCAGUACAAGCUCAACAUAUGUGUUUGAAUGCGCGAUUGAACCAGUGCGUCUAGGAGAAAGAGCUAGUGCUUCUCGUAUCUCCCAGCUUUCCGUAGAGGUUGGCUGGUUCAAAGAGAGAACUGUUCAAGGAAGUGGUGCACGGGAAUAAGUGGCAUAUGUAAGAUAGUAAGCCCCAUCUCUAGCUCUCUGGCUAACGUACAAAUACUGACAGCGGAAAUCGUUCAAAAAUUCAAGUCACGAUCAUACUCACAAAAUGUCAACGAAAGGAAAACCGUUUUCAUUCGAUCGCACGGAUCCGAAUCCGUCGCGUAAAACAUCAUCGAUCCGAGCAACGGUUGUGGAUGUAGUAGUUUUUCUGCUGACGUCGUUGGGGUAUAUAUUACAGGCUAUCUACUAUCAAAUUGUUACAGUACAGAAAAAGGAUUUGAGCGGCGAGAUAGCACUAGUGACGGGGGGAGGCGGUGGACUGGGUCGUUUACUCGCUCUACGACUCAUAAAGCUUGGUGCAAAAGUAAUACUGUGGGACAUCAACCAGGAAGCACUGGACGAAUCGGUAAAAUUGAUUCAAUCCCUCGGAGGACUUUGCAAAGGCUACAAAGUAGACAUAUCCAACAAGAAUGAAGUUUACAAAUAUGCCAAAGUAUUGCAAGAGGAUAUUGGAGAUGUGACAUUACUGUUUAACAACGCUGGUGUAGUAUCUGGGAGAGCUCUCUUGGACACUCCAGAUCAUUUAAUCGAACGUUCGUUUAACGUAAAUGUCAUAGCACACUUUUGGACAACCAAGGCCUUUUUACCAGCAAUGCUGAAACACGACCACGGACAUAUCAUAACGAUUGCGUCUCUCGCCGGUCACGUAGGGAUUUCAAAGUUGGUAGAUUAUUGUUCGAGUAAAUUUGCUGCGGUCGGUUUCGAUGAAGCAUUACGAUUGGAGCUUGAACACCUUGGCGCACAAGGUGUUUUCACAACUGUGAUUUGUCCAUAUUUCAUACAGUCUACCGGAAUGUUUGACGACGUAAAUUCAAGAUGGGUCCCAACACUCGACUCCAACGAAGUAGCAGAUAAAAUAAUUGAAGGCGUACAAAGGAAUGAUAAAUACGUCAUCAUUCCAGGCUACUUGCGGCUUAUGUUAGCUAUCAAAUGGGUGUUUCCUUGGGGAUGCAACUCCGGAUUCCUGAGACGAUUAGUGCCAGAUGCUGCUCCGCAACACAGCAUAACUCCCUUGAGCAGCCCGGAUUGUGAUAAGUUCAACAGCACGGAAAGUCCGCUAUCCAGUGAUAAUAAUAAUACGACGAAAACAACUCCCCUGCUCGUUCAUCGACAAUACACAGGUGAACGUGUGCUUUAAAUUGCCUGCUUGUUUGGGUGUUGCUUGUGAAAUUAUUCUUUUAAUACUGGUUGGUGUUUGAAAGUGUAAUGCUGCAUCCAGCAAUUUUAAUCUUUGAAAAUUUUAAAUAAGCAAUGCCCAUAUUUCUCAUUGUAUUUUUAAAUGGAUUUCAAUCCCGGUCUUUGGCUCGAUAUCUGCAUAAACAACAAUAUUACUGUACAGUUUGUUGAAAUUGAAAAAGGGCCGUGGCGGUGAAAAGGGAAGAUGGGGUUGGACGAGGAAUGAAAAGGGUGUAUGUACUCAACAGUACGUCGGUACCAGUACAGGACCAGUGAAUAAGUUAAAACUUGUAAUAAAUGGAUAAACAAAAGAUGAAUGGAGUUUUCUAUCAAAUACGAGUCUAAAGAUUUAUGCACUACGCACGAUUAAUGAAUAUUGUGAUUCCUUACACGAUGUUAGCCUUACACGAUGACAGCAUGAUGCACAGUUAUUGUGAAAAUAGUUCUUUUUCUCGUCGAUGCCGCUUCUAGGAUUGUUCAAUAAUUUCAUAACAAUGCAAAAAUGUACAAAAUUUUGCUAGUUUUUGUAAAUUGCUCUUGACGAAAGAAGAUAAUAAUAUAAUUAUUUCUCUUAGUGUUUUAUAAGACGGUUGAUUCCAUUUCUGGUGGAACUUGAAACUCACUGAUUGGAGACUUGUAGAUAGGACUUUGUUCGCGGUAUUGCGUAUGCUGCUCCCUUUCCUCCUCAAAUUUCGCAAACAUUCUUCGGUCGUCGUAUGUAAUCUUCAAUUGGUAACAAAGCAGAAACAUCAGACCACCGACGAAAAUUGAAAUUGCAAUAGUUAAACCUGCAGUAACCAAAUCAACCUGUUUGCAAAUUAUAUCUUGUACUUUGAGCAAAGUCAAUCGAUUUCCAAUCAGUUCAUACGAGUAUUUGUAAUCGCAAACAUUCUCUUCGUGGCUAAAUCGAAACGUACAG